AUGUCAUCCGCCGAAUCCCAACAAGAUGGUUUCAUCACCCUGCCCGUGAAGCUUCCGGCUCUCGCAUCUUGCCCCAUCACCGCCCUUCACGAAAUCCGGGUUCGACGGAAUACGCCCAAGAUCCCAACCGAGAUCGACGACCGAAGUCUUUUCCUCAAGAACGUCCCCGUCGACAGUACCGAAGCCCACUUCCGUCAAGUGUUUGCGGCCCUAAUCGGACCCGGUCGAUUUGAGAGCAUAGCCUUCGAGGAUGAACGGAAGACUGUCACAGCCAUUGACCCGGCUCAGGCCGUGAAGGUGACGGGUUUCGGCAAGAAGCGCAAGCGUGACGAGCAAGAAGCAGAAGAGAGGGCAAUGGAGGAAGAGGUUGCUCGGCUGCCCGAUAUAUGGACAAGGAGGCUUCGGAAAAGUGGCAGCAGCGCCAUUGUUCUCUUGGCCGACGAGAAGAGCGUGGACCUCGUGAUGAGGGCCAUCAAGAAAAUGAACAAAUCGAAGAAGUUCACUGUCUGGGGAGACGGUGUUUCCGACGACCUUCCCGAGCUCGGCUCGCAGUGGAUCUCGGCACAUAUCCAGCUGGCCCGCUGCGACAAGGCGGCGACGCAGAAGUCCGUACACGCCUUCUUCAACGUCUUCAACCGCAAAGAGAAGGAGGCGGCAGAAAUGGCCAAGCGGUUACGUAACGAGCCGGACGAGGACGGGUUCGUCACAGUCGUCCGCGGCGGCCGCGUGGCGCCGGCGAACAAGACCGAGGCAGAGGAGGCUCGGCAGAAGAUGGUGGACAAGGCGGAGAAGAAGAAGUCGGAAACCACGGACUUCUACCGCUUCCAGCUGCGCGAGCGUCGCAAGGCGGAGCAGGCCGCGUUGAUGAAGCGGUUCGAUGAGGACCGUAAGAAGGUCGACGCGAUGAAGGAGAAGCGUGGGAAAUUCAGACCCGAGACAUGA